CGAGCUCAGGCUGCCGGCCGGCGGAGAGGAGGGAGCGGGCGAGGACUAGCAGGAGGGAGCGGGGCGAGGCUGGGACCCGGGGCGCGCGCACUUCUUCGCCAAGUGCCAACUUCCCGGGAGUGCCGGGCGCGCACCGUCUGGGCGCCGGGGAAAGUCGGAGAAUUUGAGGUUUUAGGGAAGAAAGUCGGAUCCCCCCCCCUUCGUCCCCUUCCCCUUUUAUUAAGCCCCAUUAAAAAGAAAACAGCGAGAAUAACAGCCAACUUGCUAUAAUCCAGUCUGUCUCCCCACUCCUGGCACCAUGAAGGCGGCCGUCGAUCUCAAACCGACUCUCACCAUCAUCAAGACAGAAAAAGUCGAUCUGGAGCUUUUCCCCUCCCCGGAUAUGGAAUGUGCAGACGUCCCACUGUUAACCCCAAGCAGCAAAGAAAUGAUGUCUCAAGCAUUGAAAGCUACUUUCAGUGGUUUCUCAAAAGAGCAGCAACGAUUGGGAAUUCCAAAAGAUCCCCGGCAGUGGACAGAGACCCACGUUCGGGACUGGGUGAUGUGGGCCGUGAAUGAGUUCAGCCUGAAGGGUGUUGACUUCCAGAAGUUCUGUAUGAAUGGAGCUGCCCUCUGUGCCCUGGGCAAAGACUGCUUUCUGGAGCUGGCCCCAGACUUCGUUGGGGACAUCUUAUGGGAACAUCUUGAGAUCCUGCAGAAAGAGGACGUGAAGCCAUAUCAGGUUAAUGGAGUCAACCCCACCUAUCCAGAAUCCCGCUAUACCUCGGAUUACUUCAUUAGCUAUGGUAUCGAGCAUGCUCAGUGUGUUCCUCCUUCCGAGUUCUCAGAACCCAGCUUCAUCACUGAGUCCUACCAGACCCUCCAUCCCAUCAGCUCAGAGGAGCUCCUCUCUCUCAAGUAUGAGAACGACUACCCCUCCGUCAUUCUCCGGGACCCUCUGCAGACAGACACCUUGCAGACUGACUACUUUGCCAUCAAACAAGAAGUUGUCACCCCAGAUAACAUGUGCAUGGGGAGAACCAGUCGUGGUAAACUCGGGGGCCAGGACUCUUUUGAGAGCAUAGAGAGCUACGAUAGUUGUGACCGCCUCACCCAGUCCUGGAGCAGCCAGUCAUCUUUCAACAGCCUGCAGCGCGUCCCCUCCUAUGACAGCUUCGACUCCGAGGACUACCCAGCCGCCCUGCCCAACCUCAAGCCCAAGGGCACCUUCAAGGACUAUGUGCGUGACCGUGCUGACCUCAACAAGGACAAGCCUGUCAUUCCUGCUGCUGCCCUGGCUGGUUACACAGGCAGUGGACCAAUCCAGCUGUGGCAGUUUCUUCUGGAAUUACUCACUGAUAAGUCCUGUCAGUCUUUUAUCAGCUGGACAGGAGAUGGCUGGGAAUUCAAGCUCUCUGACCCAGAUGAGGUGGCCAGAAGAUGGGGAAAGAGGAAAAACAAACCUAAGAUGAAUUAUGAGAAACUGAGCCGUGGCCUACGCUACUAUUAUGACAAAAACAUCAUCCACAAGACAGCGGGUAAACGCUACGUGUAUCGCUUCGUGUGCGACCUGCAGAGCUUGCUGGGGUACACACCCGAGGAGCUGCAUGCCAUGCUGGACGUCAAGCCCGAUGCCGACGAGUGACGGACACCCAAGGGGUCAGGAAAGCUAUGCUGAGACAUUUCAAAGAACAGCCACGGCGUUCAGACUCUUAAUUUUUAAAUGUUAUUCUAUUUUUAAUUUUCCAGAACUCGUUUUUACGUUCAGGGGUGGGAGCUAAGUGAGCUGCAGCUAUUAUCGAUUGUGCUCAGUUGUAAAACGAAAGCAAGGAUUUGUGGGGUGGGUGAAACAAGAAAUUCUUGAGCAAACUUUCACAAGACAGAGAAAGGUGUUCUUAGAGGCCAGAUGCGUCUGGCUUAAGGGAGGCGGUGACUAACGUGUUCAAUCAGUUUGUAAAAAUCAUCCAGGGUAUUGAGUUGUGGACCUAUUAGCAAAAGGAAUUUACACAUCAGGAGGCUUGAGAUGAAUGAGAGGCAAUUAAUUUGCUUUUGUUUUUAGGUCUGGUAAGGACAAAAAAAAAAAGCAGGAGGUGGGAUAAAACAUUGUGUCUGGGGGAUGCACUAGAACCCAAGGACCUUUUACUCUACUUUCCAAACAAAGAUGGACUUCAGUGGGGAGGGGCCAAAACUGUUUUUGUGUUAAAAUUUAUUUUAUUAAAUUUUGUGCCAGUAUUUUUUUUUCUCUUAAAAAUCGUCUUAAGCUCUAAGGUGGUCUCAGUAUUGUAUCAUGCAAGUUUGUUUUAUUUGCCGGCUGAGGAUUCUGUCACAGUGAAAGAAACUGUUUAUAUAGACCCCACUGGAAAUGCAAAGCGCUGUCACGGAGAUUGGGGAUCCCAAAUUCAUGUGACUUAUAUAUGAAGGAAAAAACAAUGCUGAUUUGGGUACAAGGGAACUGUGCAUGUGAAUUUCAUCUAUAAUUUUUUUAAAGAUUGUUAUCACACCCCUCUACUUAUUUGUCAUCAGUGGAUUAUCGGGGUUUGGGCUUAACGUUGAGCUAAGAAGCAUUAAGUCUUUGAACUGAAUGUAUUUUUUCAGCCUUGGUUUUGGACCACAGUAAAUGUAGGAGCACUUGUUGAAGUCCCAGAGAGGAAAUCAAAGGAGGAAGAUUGGUUUGGUUCUUUAUUGGUUCUCUACCUAUAACCUAUAUGGCUUGGAAAUACAAGGGCAUUACCCUUACAUCUUCAGAAAUAAGUCCUGAAUGCAUGUCAUUCCAAACACCCUACACUUUGUCCAUUACAGCUUAUUUUCCUGGCAUCCCCGCACUUAUUGCUUUCCACCACUCUAUUUACAGGAGAGAGAAGUGUGCAGCUUUCUGAUUGGUUUGGAAAAAAAGAAUAACUGCUGACAUGACGUGAAUUGAAAUGUGUUUGGUAAAGCCGUUUGGACUUACAGGGUUUGGGGAACAGUGGAAACUAAGGGAGCAUAUAAAUAAAAUGUGGCUUCCCUGUCCUUUGGAGAAGCAAGACUUUCCUUUGAAGAACUAAGCCAGCUAAGUGGGAUGUCACGUGAGACUGUAUGCAGAGUGAAUAGUGUAGUAGCAAUUAGGGCCUCACACUUGUUGUGCGAUCUUAUCACAGGGAGAGUGAAGAUUGAUAACUGCAGAAGAGAGGAAUGGCUUGAAGGCAAAGGAAACAUACAAGGGAGCUGGAGUGAAGAAAGUAAGGUGGUCCAUGAGAUUUGAAUAUAAUUUUAAUUCCCCCAAAGUUUAAACAGACAUAGUCAUUGGUGGUCAUUGUCUUCCUGCUGGUUGUGAGGGUGAUCUGAAAAUGGGGUAUGAGGGGAACGGCAUCUACUAGUGAGGAAAAGUGCCUAAUACAGUCAUCCCAACCUUGCCUCCCCUCUCCCAUUAUUAGGAUGUUUUAUUGGGAAGAUGAGAACAGAGGGGCGGCUUUAAGGACUUUUGUGAAAGAGGUGAAGUAUUUAAAAUGGGCUUCUCAGGGCUAGGCUUUCUUGGGCUCCUGCUGAGAAGCUGGAGUACUAACUACCUUCUAGCUCAUCUUCAAGAAAGUGGAUUGUGUCCUUCCAGGUCUUCUUGCAGAUCCUGAAUUGUCAGGAACUUGGUUGGUUCUGUGAUCUGAGUUUCCUCAUUCUGAUGAAUUGGAAUGUCCACUUGGAAAGCAAAAGCAGUGUGUUUUGAUCUUCUUUCAGAUGCAGGUGCCUUAACAAAGCUCUCAGAAUAUUUUAGGAGCAGCUCAGGGAGUGGUAGGUGGAACUGUUUGAACUACAUUGUUUUCUCUUAGAUUAUGUGAUCUUUUUUGGGCACUG